AGAUACCCAACUGUUGCACAGGCGUCUUAAUUUUCAACUUUUCUGUAUUUUACAAAAUUUUCAACAAGAUGUUAAGUUUUGGUGACCCACAAAACCUGUAACAACGUGAGUCAGCGGUGGCACACCUCGUCGCUGCUUUAUUCAACACAAUAGCCACAAUGAAUGCAAAUGCAUUAGUAGAAAAGCAGUUGGUGGCUGCAACACAGAUAAUUGAACAACAACUUGAUGCAGAAAUAGAGAAACUUGAAUCCUUGGAUGCCGAUGAUUUAGAUGCAAUUCGACGGGAGCGUUUAGCAGCCAUGAAGGAGCGACAGCAGAAGAAACAAGAAUGGAUCAGUAAUGGCCAUGGAGAAUACUCUGAGCUGUGUGACGAGAAAGAAUUCUUCGAAACCACCAAAAAAUCAGAGAAUGUUGUGUGUCACUUCUACCGAGACCAAUUCAUUCGAUGCAAGAUUGUUGACAAACACUUGAAUGUUCUUGCCAGGAAACACAUUGAAACAAAAUUUUGUAAAAUUAAUGCAGAAAAGGCUCCAUUCUUAACAGAACGACUCAGCAUUCGUGUCCUUCCUACAUUGUGUUUAGUAAAGAAUGGCAAGACUAAGGAUUACAUCGUUGGAUUCACAGACCUAGGAAACACAGAUGAAUUCACUACCGAAACGCUAGAGUGGAGAAUUGGACGUUCAGCUGUGAUAGAAUAUACUGGAGAUCUUCUGUGCCCUCCUGCUUCUAAACCAGGAAUAAAAGUAGAUAUUAAGAAAAAGAAGACCAUUAGGGGUGGAAGAAGAGGAGACAGUGAUGACAGUGAUUCCGAUUAAUAUUUUUUUUUCUUGCCUCCUUGAUUAUUAUUAUUAUAAUCAAAAAGAAGCGCUAAGCCACUUGCCUCCUUGAGCUUCACAAAUCUUAGAGAGUUUAUGUACAAGUGCUCCUUGACUUACGAUGAUGCAAAAACUAUUACCUUUGACAUGAAACUUAAGAUUACCCAGCAUAAAGGCAGUAAAUCCAUAACUUUAUACAUUUUUUUUUACUUUUCAAUACUGGUAUUUAGUUAGUAAUUAUAUUGUCUAUUCACUUAUUCAGUGACAUUUAUUUUAUUUAGCAUAUAUUCUUAUUCGACUUCCAAUAUUUUCAACUUACCAUGGGGUUAUGUUCCGACAAACCCAUUGUAAGUCAAGGAGCACCUGUAUUUUACUUACAGCUACUGUCGCACUUCUCCAGUGACUAGUUAUAAACCAUUUCUGGUAAACUUUGUUUUAUCAGGCAACCAAGCUAAACAAAGGGUCUAAGCAUGGAAUUGAGAUUGAUGCUUCAGUUCAAUUAUUAGUAUUACAAAUAUAACUAAGCACUAAACCCACAUGGGCCAUACAGCUGCUUCAGUUCACAGUAAACUUUUUAGAUUUCGGUGAAGAGCUCGUGCUGAUAAUUGCAAGUACUAGUUUAUCUGGCUUCAUUUUUUUUUUACAUUCCUCAAUAUUCAUAAUACUGUGUAAUGUAAUAGCUACCUUUAAUUUGAUUGAAACAAGUCUGUCAGGUAUUUAGCUACAAAUUUUCUAGUAUUUUUAACUUCAGGAAAUGAGCAUGAAAAUACAGCAGGUAUACAUUUUGUUCAUCUCUCUAAUUUUGAAUGAACAAUCAUUCAAUUUUGAUUAAAUUUGUAAUUCAGAAUCUCAACAUAUGUUUUUAGGAAAUGAAAAAAAGCAGUUUAUACUGGAAUUUUUUUCUCACAAUUGUUUUUCUAGUUCAAGAGUUCUAUUACUGUAUUCAGUAUUUUUCUUAAUUUAGAUACCCAUGGACCUGCAUUAAUCACCACCCUACAAUUUCUCAGUGCACAUAGUAGUUUCAUAUAAUAAUAAUAUACUUUGUGCUGUUGGAGUGUGUGUGUGCAAAGUAACAUUUAUGAAGGGAUUCAAGGAAACUGGCAGGCCAGACUCGAGUCCUGGAGAUGGGAAGUACAGUGUCUGCACUCUGAAGGAGGGGUGUUAAUGUUGCAGUUUAAUAGACUAAUGUAAAGCACCCUUCUGGCAAGACAGUGAUGGAGUGAAUGAUUAUAAAGUUUUUUCGGGCCACCCUGCCUUGGUGGGAAUCGGCCGAUGUUUUAAUAAAAAUAAAAAAAAAUUCCCAUAGUCGCAAUAUAUUUACAUCACAGCUUUGAGUAUCACUCGCAGCAGUUGACCAUCAGGUUCCUCUCAUAUCUUUUCUUCAUGAUAGCUGUGUCUUGGUGAAAUAGUUCAAUGGAGUUUUAUUUCAAAGAAGCUGCACAUGUUGCCACAAAAUUAAGUUCAGAAUUGAAUUCAGUGUCCCAAAAUUAGUCAGACAAUUUUAAACAUGAAACCAUUAUUUGCCAGUGUAAUUAUUGAAUACUGUAGUGAUUUUAAAAAAUUUUUAAAGAUAAAUAUGACCCUAGAGUAUUAGCCAAAGAUAUUGCCCAAAGAAAUGUAUGGCAGUUAUCAAAAUUUGGGUAAUAUAUUGAUAAACUUGCAUAUUUUUUGAGAACUGGUCAGACUGCAGUACAGCUCUCGAGACAAUGUAACACAAUUUUCAGAUUGUACAUAUAUAUUCAUUUUGAUAAGUUAGUAAAAUAAAAAAUUUUCUUGCACAGUAUGUUUCUCACUUUUCUUGAUAGGAUGAAGUGGUAACAAUCAUGAGAAAUUUUUAUAAAAUAUAUAGUACACUUAUAGUAUGUAUACUGCACAGUACUGCAUUUCUUAUAUAGUAUACAAGUACAGUAAUAUGCAUACUGUCCAGUAUUGUAUUUCUAGACAGUCUGGUCAAAUAUUCUUGUUAAGCCCCUAUUUUGCAAAGAAUUUUAGGGACAAGCUAAUAAUGUUUGUAAAUGAGAGGUGCUGAAUGCCCCAUACAGGUUUAAUUUUUUAUUUUUAUAUUUAUUUAGAGUUGGCAUUAAUGGUAAAACAGUUGAAACUGGUACUGAUAGUUAAAUGGUAAUAUUCAUUAUGCAUAAAAAUGUAUUAUCCAUGUUUCCAGAUUAUUAUUAUUAUAAUCAAAGGGGAAGCGCUAAACCCGGAGGAUUAUACAGCGCCUGGGGGGGGGGGGGAUG